UUCAUUCCAUUUGCCUUUCACUUCGUAUAAAUCUGUGUUUUACCCCCAAAUUCCCAAUUUCAUACUCUCUCUCUCAUGGCGGAAACCCCAAAUCAGAUUGUCUUCAUCAAUUUCAGUUGAUUUCAUCUCCGAUUUCAUCACGAAGUGUGUGCAUUUUGAAUAAUCUAAGGAAAUUUUGGUAUUAUGAAGGAUUUUCCUUCUUGUUUCGGCGAAAAUGGCGUCCAAAUUGCGGAUUCUUCGUCUUCUUCUUCUUCGUCGUCUUCGAGUAUCAGUAAAGCUGCUCAAAACCUAGUCACAUGCGUCUACCAGUGCAAGUUACGCGGCCGAUUGAGCUUCAUCGUUCUAACAUGGACCAAGCAUUUGAUGGGACAAGGUCUCUCGCUUCAAAUCGAAAACUCUGCUAAUCAAUGCCUCUGUAAGGUAGAAAUUAAGCCGUGGCUGUUCUCCAAAAAGAGAGGAUCGAAGAUCGUCGACGUUGAUUUCAAUAAAAUGGAGAUAUACUGGGAUUUAACAAACGCUAAAUUCGGCUGCGGACCGGAGCCGGAGGAAGGAUUCUUCGUUGCUGUGGUGUUCGAUCGAGAGCUCGUAUUUCUCGUCGGUGAUUUACCGACGGAAGCUUCCAAGAAGAUCACCGGCGUCUCCACUACCACGGCCACAGCGGCGGUAUUUGUGGCGAGGAGAGAGCACGUGUUCGGGAAGAAAUCGUACUACGCGAAGGCUCAGUUCAGCGAGAAAGGAGAAACGCACAAUCUGUGGAUCGAAUGCGAUACUAGUGGAGGAUUGAAGGAACCGAGUUUGGUGAUUCGAAUCGACAGCAAGACAGCGAUGCAGAUCAAGAGGCUGAAAUGGAAGUUCAGAGGUAAUCAUACAAUUGUGGUGGACGGAAUUCCGGUGCAGGUGAUGUGGGAUGUUCAUAAUUGGCUUUUUGGAAGCUCCGCCAUGAGUAGUGCUGUGUUCAUGUUUCAAACGCAUAAGAGCAGUGGAAGCCAUAGCCAAUCCAGUUUUGAUUCUUCUUCCUCUUCUACUACUUCUUCUUCUUACUGUCAACAGAGUAAAGAUUCGAAGUUGCAGGGUUUGGAUUUCUCCUUGAUGUUAUAUGCUUGGAGGAAUGAAUGAAUAGAGAAAAUAGUUUUUUUUUUCUUUUUUAAAA